UCUCUCUCUCUCUCUCUCUCUCUCUCUCUCUCUCUCUCUCUCUUCUUCUCUUUCCGUCGGUAAUCAAGUAUCUCAGGUUGAAGAAAAUGGAUUGCGCAUUCUUGGGUAUAAAUCCCAUUUUGUUCCAAGAAAGUUUUGCAGGAAAUGGGAAUGGAAAUGGUAGGGUGUCUCCGAUGGCGCGUUCUAAUUCUAAUACAAGGAGAAGACUUCCCAGCAACCUUCGCUACCCGCGGCGCACCAAACUUCCUCCGGACCUUGGAAUCAACCACUUGUUGAAGAACACCACAGAACCAUCAUCUCAAACGGAAUUCAAGGAAGCAGAAGCAGAAGAAGAAGAAGAUGGCGAAGAUAUUGCUUGGGAGGCAGAUGAGAUUGAAGCUAUUUCAUCACUUUUCCAAGGGAGGAUACCCCAAAAGCCCGGAAAGUUGGAUAGACAAAGGCCUCUCCCCCUCCCACUUCCUUACAAGCUUCGACCUUUGGGACUUCCUAGGCCGAAGAAACAUGUCAAGAUGGCACCCAUUUGUGAUCAAGUCUACAAGAACCCCAAUGCGCUUGUUGGUUUAGCAAGGGAAAUUAGAAGCCUUGGGGCAGAUGAAGAUGUGGGACUAAUUCUCAACAAGUGGGUUCCCUUUCUGAGAAAAGGGUCUCUCUCCAUGACAAUUAGGGAAUUGGGUCACAUGGGUCUCCCUGACAGAGCUCUGCAGACCUUCUCUUGGGCUCAGAAACAGCCUCACCUCUUCCCGGAUGACCGGCUUUUGGCUUCCGCUGUUGAGGUCCUGGCAAGGAACCAUGAGCUUAAACUGCCAUUCAAUUUGGACAAGUUCACCAGUUUGGCAAGUCGUGGUGUGAUUGAGGCAAUGGCAAGAGGGUUCAUCAAAGGGGGAAGCUUGCAUCUUGCUUGGAAGCUUAUAUUCAUAGCUAAGAAUAGUGGAAGAAAGUUGGAUACGAGCGUAUAUGCCAAGCUAAUACUGAAGCUUGGGAAGAACCCGGAUAAGCAUAGGCUUAUAGGGACCUUACUGGACGAGCUUGGGAAAAGAGUAGACCUGAAUUUAACCCAGCAGGAUUGUACUGCUAUUAUGAAAGUGUGCAUUAGGCUUGGGAGAUUUGAAGUUGUGGAGAGUGUUUAUGACUGGUUUAGACAAUCUGGGCAUGAUCCAAGUGUCGUUAUGUACACAACUCUGAUUCAUAGCCGCUAUUCAGAGAAGAAAUACAGGGAGGCCUUGGCUGUGGUUUGGGAAAUGGAGGCUUCAAAUUGUCCCUUUGAUUUUCCAGCUUAUCGUGUGACAGUAAAGCUUUUUGUUGCUCUGAAUGAUCUUCCAAGGGCUGUAAGAUAUUUUUCCAAGCUUAAGGAAGCAGGUUUCUCUCCGACAUAUGACGUCUACCGGGACUUGAUUAAAAUGUACAUGGUUUCUGGGAGGCAAGCAAAGUGUAGGGAUGUAUGCAAGGAGGUAGAGAUAGCAGGAUUCAAGUUAGAUAAAGAAACAAUGUCACAGUUGUUGCAAUUAGAAAGUGAGAAAAGGUUAGGUUUUUAAAAUCCAAACUUCUCUGUUGUAAGCUGUAAUUACUAAUUACUAAUUCCCUCAUAUAGAAGUUCUUUCUGCCCAUCUUGUUUGGUUUAUUUUUGCAUAUGCACGCUUCUCUUAUCUUUAUGGUCAUCUUCACAUAAGUUUCACAAAGCCAUCAGGGGCAUCCUUGGUUGUUCUUCACAUUUCAUUCUCAUUUUGUAUUCUUGAUGACUAAUGGAAGUGCAUCUGUACUGUAGAUAAACUGCAGUGUGUUUUAUUUUAUUAUUUGUCCCUAGCUUUGCAUAGCAUCCAGACAAUGCAUACAUACAAGUAAAAGAAAUGAGCACUCCCUAACAUGAUCGUCUUUGAGUUAUUCCACAUAUUUGGUUUCUGCAUUUUUUUUUGUUUUGUUUUGGUAUUAGUGAAUACCAUCAGAAGCCAGACUUCAAAUCCCGUCUCCCCUUUCGAACGGAGUGAAGGUGGAGAAGUGAAUAAUGCUGAAAAUUCCGAGUCUCACGAUGAGGAUGGGAUUUCCGAGCCAUACGUGGGUAUGGAAUUUAAUUCUGAAGAGGCUGCCAAGACUUUCUAUGAUGAAUACGCCAGACGUUUGGAUUUUAGCCCUAAAGUUGGUCAAUCUAGUCGUUCUAAACCUGAUGGGAAACCAUUGCUCAGGAGUUUGUAUGUGGCAGAGAGGGUUUGAAAAGAGGGAAUGCUUAGGAUAGAGUUAAAGGGUCAAGACAAGUGGGUUUCAAUGAAAUUUGUGAAGUAGCAUAGUCAUGCCUUGGUGAAUUACAUGGCCAAGACUCCCUAACUUUACGGUACAACAACCUAUGUUGAGAAGCCAUCAAAUACGCAGAGGAUGGAGCAAUGACUGCUAUUAGAGGUGGUGGGAAGAAGGUUUCCGUUGUUAAGAAAAAUGUAGCUAAAGUUGCGCCUCGUAGCUCUCAGGUUACUGUGACUGGCUAUGAUGACAGGAAGAACUCAACAUCAACGUCCGAUAUGACCUCUUUGUUGUGGCCACGCCAAAAUGAAGUAAUGAAGUGAUUUAAUCUGAAUGAUGCUGGUGCACCUGCUCAAACUGUUUCUGACUUGAAUUUGCCAAGAAUGGCCCCUGUAUCUCUUCAUCGGAAUGAUGGUACUUGUGAGAACGUGGUUGUACUUCCUUGUCUAAAGUCAAUGACUUGGGCUAUGGAAAAUAAGAACUCAGCACCAGGAAAUAGAGUAGCUGUCAUUAACCUGAAGGUUCUGCUGUAUCUAUCUGUUCACAACAUUCUUCUGUGUGAGCAUGAUUGCUGUAUGUGUUGGUGCAGAUGAUAGUUUACACUUGAUCUUUGAACUGUAGGUAAGUUCAAACGUUGACAAGUUAUUAACUUAUGCUCCGUCCUUUUGCACAUUUGUUUAUAACACUCCUCUUUGUAAGUGUAUUUGCGAUGGUUUGUUAGGGCAGAUGAUGGUUUACACUUGAUCUCUGAACUUCAGGUAAGUUCAAUUGUUGACAAGUUAUUAACUGAUGCUCUAUGGUUUGAACGUUUGCUCAUACCAAUGCUCUGUGUGAGCAUGAGGUUGUCUUUGUGCUUGUUUGUGUUGGUGCAAAUGAUGAUUUACACUUGAUCUCUGAACUUCAGGUAAGUUCUAGUGUGGACAAGUUAUUAACUGAUGCUCUAUCCUUUGCACAUCUGUUCAUAACAAUCCUAUGUGUGCGCAUUUGCACCAGUAUGUGUUGGUGCAAAGGAUGAUAUUUCUUGUGUGUGUGUUUUUUGUUUUUCGUUGGGGGCGGGAGUUGUUGAUUGUGCAACUAAUUGAUUAUAUUACGAUUUGUGAUCGAUUAUUAUGUUUGAAUGAUAAUCAUUAUCUUCUUAAACUGUUUUUGAAUUAUUUUAAUAGUUCAGGUACCAAAAAGCUUCAACUCGCUUUACACCUUUCGCUUUGAAAGCAUUGUUGCUAUCAGUCAUUUAUUAUCGUCAAAGGUGAACACUGGCUCAUCUCAUUCUUCAUGAUUCUUGGCACUAUGGCCUUCACAACCACCAUUUUUAUGGUUCUUGUUCUUGAUUAAUUCUAUAUGGGUUUGAAGCCUUCCAAAGUGAGGUUGAGUUUUAAUGGUGAAUCUUUUGGUAACUGUUUUUUUUUUUCGGUCUUGUGCGAGUUAUAGGCAGGUUCUCAGUUUUUAAAAUGCAUUUUUUCCGUUAUGUUGAGAUGGGGAGAAAGGUAAAAGUGGUUUGGCUACUGUUAUCUUUUACAUUUUGGGUUUCAUUAAUGAAUCCUCCCACAAUUUCUUUAUUGUUGACUUGGGUAUUCUCUGGUUCGUUCUCUCCUCACCCCGUCCCUCCUUCCCCCACUCCCCUUUCUCUCUAUGUGAA